GCGGGGGUGGGGACGCCGCUGCCCUUCCCUGUGCCCCGGUUCGCGGGUACCGCCGUCCCUAGGCCGGGCCCCGAGCCCUGCUGGGGAAGGAAAUACCGCGCAUGAGAGGAAAAGACGCGCACGGACCGGCGCAGGCGCCCCGUGCCCCGCGUGUUGACAUGGGGAGGGGGCGCGGCCCCCGCCCGCCUCCCCGGCGGGAAUCCCCGCUCGGCGCCGCCCCCGCGGGAAGGGGGGACACGCCGGGCCCGCCCCCGGCGCGGGUUGUGCGCGUGCUCGGCGGGAGCGGGGCCGGGAAUGGCGGCGGUUUUGGAGCUGCUGCUGCAGGAGGAGGUGCCGGUCAGCGCCGUGGUGCGGUGGCUCCGGCACGGCCCCGGCCACCGCCCGGCUGAGGAGAACCACAUCCAUGACAAGCUGGUAUCUCUUAGCUUGCUUCAGAAAGAUUUUGUGCCUUUUCUGCUAAAUUUUUUAAGGGAGCAGACCAGCCAGAUUCUCACUAAUGGACCCCCUACUCCUGCUAAAACUCCUAAUUCCAAGGCCCAUGGGAGCCAAAGGACAGGGUCAGAAAGGAGGGCAGGCCAUGCAACCAGCAGCCGAGUGCAGCUCUUUUCUCAAAGGACUUCAGUGACCACCUGCACCACAGAUACCAGCUUUUCUCCUGCUGCAGCAUCCAGUGGUUCCUCUUCCUUUUCUGGCUCGAACCUGUCUAGCCCUUGUGGUGAUUUCCCCAGCGUGGUCUCCAGCAGCAGCCCGAGCUUUGGGCACAGCCCUGUGCUCCACCAGGGUGAGAAGCGCUCCUCUCAGAAGGCCAGCCUGGGGAGCUUCCUGGCGGCCACGCCCGAAGCCCUGCCCGUGAGACGAGGCCGGAGGAAAGGCAGCAGCUCGGUCGGUGCCUCUGGCCGGCAGGUAGCUCGUGACCUGGGGCGCUCCCUUGCUGAAGAGGAGGAUGGAAAGAGUGACAGUGGAUCGUGGAGCGGAGGGAGAAGGAAGCGGAAUGAAGUGCCUCUUGUUCCUGCCAGAUCCCCGCCCAGCCAGCUCAACCUUAACAACUUGGAGGAGUUUCCACCCAUGGGUGCUGCCUCUGGCUGGACAAACAAAAGCAAACCGUCGAGGCGAAUCAACCCAACUCCUGUGAGUGCCGAGCGGCCCCUCUCAAAACCAAAGACCUGUUUCACUUCUACGCCUGUCAGCCGGUCUCCAGCUGCUCGCUGGUCAGCUGGGUCAAGCCUUGAGGCCUUCACUGCUGCCCAGGAGGGAAACCUCUCAUCUGUGAUAAGCAACAGCCUUCAAGAGGAGAGGGAGAUGUUGAAGAAAGAACGAUGCAAAUUGCUGCACCAGGCGUCUUCUCCUGCAGGGAUAUCUUUCGAUCCUGGUACUCCAACUAAGCCUAGCUAUACUCGCAGUGCCAGCCUUCCUGCUGAAAGCCAUCUGGUGACCUGUGCAAAUCCUGCUAAGGUUUCCUGCAAGAAACAGUUGGAGUGUCUGGCACAGCUCUAUUCAUCAUGUAUAGCAGAAAACCUGGUGCCAAAUAUUUUUCUGGAACUGUUUUUUGUUCUGCAACUGUUGACAUCUAAAGGCACUUCUACUGCAGAAGAUGGGGAUAGUGACCCUGAAAUCAGUGAAAUAAAUAGAGAUGUUACAGGGAGACAGCAUUUUGAAAGUGUGCACAACUGUGUUUAUUUUGCUGUUCGAGUCUUGGAUUAUCAAUAUGAAAUUAUUUCCCAUUUAGAAAAGGGGAUGCUGAAGCUUUUGGCCGAAAAUGAACGGAUUGCAUCGUUUUCUCCCACCUUGCACAAGAGGCUCAGACAGGCUUAUGAAAGCAGCACAGCCAAGGUGUCUCUCCUGCUGCCAUGCUCUGUACAGUCUGUUUCUUUUCAGCCAGAAACUGAUAAUCGCUCUAACUUUCCCAGUGACAGAGCAUUUCACAUAUUUAAGAAACAAAGGGAUAUAUUUUAUGAACUUCUGCGUGAAUGGGAGGAUAACCAUGAGAAAACUGGCUGGGACUUUGAAAGAGUUCUGGGCAGCAAGAUCAGGGCCAUGAUGGCUCACCUAUCUGCAACCUGCAACCACAGCCAUUUUGCCAGGCUCUUUCAGAAACAGCUUAUCCAGAUGUGCAAAGGUCCUGUCAGUGGUGGUACAAGCUGGGGAGACACUCCAGACCAGGAUGUCCUUAAUAUGCUGGGUUCUGAUAAUCUGAGCCGUCUGAAGAGGCUGCAGGAAAGAUUUGUUGUUCCUCAGAGCAUCAGAGGGCCUUGUCCACCCCCUUCGUUCCCAGGGUGCCAACAAUUCUUCAGGGACUUCAUCCUCAGUGCUGGAAGUUACCAGUUCAAUCAGCACCUGAUGGAUAGUCUGUGCCUGAAGAUACUUGAACUGAAUGGCCUUACUCUGGUGGAGCACGAGCACAGUGAUGGGGAAGCAGAUAUGGAGGAGCAGGAUGAAAAGAAGCGUUUCACUGUGGCCCUGUUGAGUCUCCGACUCCUUGCCAAGUUCCUGGGCUUUCUUGUUUUCCUGCCCUAUCGCACUGUGGAGCAGCCAACCAGAGACUUGCAAGAUUCCGCGUUGGUGCUGAGAAACCAAACCCUGCCUGUACUGGAUAUAUUAAAGCUUCUGAGACAGUCUAUUCGGGAUCAACGUUCUAUCCUCACUAUUCCUUGGAUUGUGGAGUACCUUUCCCUUGUGGAUCAUAUUGCUCCUUUCCUUGAUUAUUACAGGAAAGUGUUUGGUCUCUUGCUGCAGGUAUACAGGUUAAUGGUCCUUUCUGAAGACAAGGAGAUGAGUUUCCUGAACAAACUGCUGAUCCUUGCAGUUCUGGGUUGGCUUUUUCAGGUUCCAUCAGUCCCUGAAGAGUUGUUUUUUACUACUGAUGACAGGCAGGAGAGAUUUAUGAUGGAUACUGUGACAUCUGCUCAGGCUUUGGACUUUGUACCCUUGGUGGAUCAGCAGUUACUUUAUACUUGCUGUCCCUAUCUUGGUGAGCUGCGUAAACUACUUGCCUCUUUUGUGGCUGGUAGUGGAGGAAAAAAUGGUGGUUUUAUAAGGAAAAUCACUCCCACAGCUGCAGAAUCCUUAGCACCCAAGGCUUCUGUCACACAGAGGAAGCUGCAGGUAGAUUUGGAACAGGCCUUCUUCCACAACCAGCCUCCUUCCCUACGGAGAACAGUGGAGUUUGUGGCGGAGAGGGUGGGAUCCAACUGUGUUAAGCACAUCAAGGCAACAUUGGUAGCAGAGCUAGUUCAAAGAGCUGAAGUCAUGUUGCACGAUAAAGUGAAGGAGGAGGAUGUUAAUCAUGACAAACUGCUUGAAGAGGUGUGCACUCAUCUAUACGAGGAAGGGGCCCAGGCACUCAUCAAAGGCAGAGAAUUUUGCAGAAAAAAAGGUCCUGAGGCAGUAAGGGUGUUGCUGCCAGAAGAGACAUCUGCAGCAGUUUUAAGUAGUGCAGAAAACAUUGCAGUGGAAUUGGCUACUGAGAGAGCUUGUGGCUGGCUCUCUGCCAACAUUGCAGCACUCAUCAAAAGGGAAGUGAAGGCAACCUUCAACAGAAUGCUGAAAGUCCCAGGAUUUCCCUUGCCAGGCGAGGAUGCUCCUGAGUUGAGAAGGGACUGUACUCCAGGCUGCCAGCACUGUGCUCCAUUUCCCUCCCAGAUCAUCAAUGAGAUUAAGGAUGUGCUCUGUGUUGCUGUGGGCCCACGGGAGGAGGGUGAAGUGGUUGACUACGUGUGGCUGGAGGGCUUGCUGGGAAGGUUGAGUCAGACACUUCGAUGCAGAAAGUUCAUGUGUCCCACAUCAGAACAGCAGCUGGCCAGGUGUACGGUUGAGUUGGCGUCUUUGCUGGUUUCAGAUUGUGUUCCUCUGAGUCUUGGGAUCAAAUCCCCAGAGAAAAGCCCUGAGAGACUGCAUGUAAAGAACAAUCCCACCUCUGGCCUCCUAAAACUGCUGUUCUCCAUCUGGAAGGAGGACUUUGGGACGUCUGUACCUGUGCAGCUGAUCUUCAGCAAGAAGAACAUGGGUUAUCUCGCAGAAGCUAAGCAGCAGGAGUGGGAUUUGUUCCUUUUCUUGCUUCAUGGUCUUAUAGAACAUGAACUAAUGCGAACUAGUGAAAUCCAGAGCUGCCUGCGUAGCCUUGAAGAGCUCCCUUGGCCCUCAGAUUUUGUAAAAUACCUGAAGAGGCUAUCCCGAGUGUUUGUAUCAGAACAUCAGAGAGAGGAGCCCAGGACUAACCCUUGUGAGCUGACCAGACAAUCUCUAGCUACUGUGACGACACAAAGUUAGCAGAGGUGGACUCUGUGGACAGAAAUUACUAAUGAAGAUGCAAAUGGAAUUUUCAGUGUUUCUGAAAGGAUUGGGAGCUCUUGCUGGGAGCAUAUUGAAGAUAAGGGGUCACUUUGUGCAAAACCUGCACUGGGCUUUCUGUCAUGGACAUUUUGCCGUGGUGACUCUGCUGAAGGAUUUGCAUCAGCACAUGGAUCUCCAAGUCAAGUCUUUUAAGCACCUUGAUUGUAUCUCAGAGCAGCUGUUCUUUGGACUCAGAGACACUUUUUAUAUUUGUGCAGUAACAGGCUGUGACCAAACCCAGGAAUCAACUCAAGUUACUUUGUGAUCAGAGAGGUGGUUUCUUGGUGGCUGUCUCUUAACUCAACGUGACUUCUCAUGUUGUCUUUUAACAAGACCUCUACAGUCAGGGGAAGGAAGAGGUGAACCUAUAUGACACAGAGAUGUGCCUAUAUUUAUUUUUCAUUGUAAGCUCAGUACUGAAGGUUUGAUUUUAAUUUUUUAAGACUAAUUUUAAAAGUUAAACCAUAUGAAAUAAAUCCACUAGACCAUUGAUGGCAUUACUCAUAAAGGCUGUAGAUGCUUAAGUGUUUUUCCAUCUCUUGUUGGAAACAGAACUUGUAAUUUCCCAGGGCUUUUGAUAGAAACAAGAGAUAAAAUAUCUGUUUAUAUUUUUUACAGAAGACAGUAUUUUUAAGACACUUUUAUAGUUGUGAACAUAAAUGGCAUCUGGCUGCUAUUCACUGUUUUUUUAUAACCUUUCUUGCCUUGAGUUUAGGUUUUUUCAGUCAGGAAGUGCUGCAGCAAGAGAGCUACAGCCUGGAAGAGCAGACAAAGUAGUGAAGAAGCACUGUGAUGUUCCCUGGAGAGUGGAUUUUGAACAGGGCCUGUUUCUUGGAGGACAGUGGGCAUUUUCUGCCCUUACAGACAGAUUGUCACCAAGAGUGUGACCUGUUCACUCCCUUCUUCCCAUGUAUUGCCUUGACCUGAGGUUUGGGGCAGGGACUGCUGGUGAGUAGCAGAGCAUGUUUAGGUGCUCAUCAGCUGUCUCAUGGGAUUCCUUCCCCCUGCCCCAAAGCAGUCAGGACAUUAUUUCCUUUUGUCUAGGAGUGUGCUAUUAGGUUUUUCCAGAAAGCAAGUUCUGUGUUUUUUUAAGAACAGCCUCUGGACAAGGUGAAGCCCAGGGCUGUUUAGCUUGUUAAUGAACUAACAACUAACCUCUUCCCUGUAUAAGGUGAGAAAAAGGUAACAUCUUGGAGUCAGUGAUUCAAGAAAAACUGCAGAUAGGACUCAUGAGGUAGAACUGUAGCUUCUGUUAAAAAUGUGAUACAGAAAGAGAAAUCAUAGAGGCACAUUAGUGUCUGAACUAUAAUAUAAUUUUUUCUUGUUUUGUUUACUAAGCACUGUAUUGAAAGAUUUGGCAGGUUCCACCUGCAUUCCUCUUUUUAGGGGCUUUCUGAUGUGAAUGAAAGAGUUCCCAAGAGUAGGCAUGCUGCAAUACAAUGGAACAAUUCAGUAUAAAUUGAAGAGCAAGUACACCAUAUCAUGCCAUAUCUGCUCCGUGAGGCUGAGUAUUAUGUGAUGUUUUGCUGCAGGCUUAUUUGAAAUUGUUGUCAUAAUAAACAUUAUAAAAUGUCUUGUCUUGUGAUCA